AUGGGGCUUGAGAGCAUGAGAGUGGGAGCGACAUACGCGCCUACAACCAAAAUUCUCGAAAACAACUAUGCGCCAGACUUGGAUCCCCUAGAACUGUACUCUCUCGUCCCAUUUCCGGAAGACUACUGGACGCGAGCAGAGACCCGGCAUUGCUUUACCACAGAGCAGGAAAAUGUUCAGGUGACUUUGUCGGACGUGAAACUGGGGAGUGGUGUGGAAGUACACAUUUUGAAGUCAUUGGCCGAAUUGCGCGCCUGGAACACCGAUUCUGGCAAGACAGAAAGCGAACUGAGAGUCAUUUCUGUUGAUCAGAUAUACUCCUGGAGUUCACUAAACGUGUCUCGCCAGAUCUUCCAAGAGAUCAUUGAUAUUGCCGGGGCCUCAUCAGAAAUCCUCGAAUAUCCUCUCGCCUUCUGCGAGAAGAGUGUUGGGGUGGAAGAGGCCUUUAGUAGUGCGCCUAUUUUCAAAUUUAAUGGUCGUACCAUCGAAGUCGUUUACGUAUUGAAGUACCCUGUUUGCAGGUCUGUUGAAGGUGGAAUGGACCCUUGGGCCAUUCGCCAGACAGCAGUGUAUCAAAAGUAUGAAACAGACACCAAUCGGUCCACAUGGAUCUUCCUCAAUCCUACCUUGGACUGUGUCUUUCAAGAACGCCUCACGAGACUCUUGCGGAACCCAUCCCUGGUGCAAGCCUUCAAAAUCCAGCCGCUUCUUAUUCACAACAUCCUCUUUGGGACAUUCUUUCCCCUGUGGCGAGAUUACCUAGCCCACCAUGAGCGCAAAAUUCUCACUAUUGCCAACACAAAUAUGGCCCAGCGCCUAGAAGAGGAGCUGCGACUGAACCAUGAGACACUAAACACCGUCCGUCAUACAGAGGCUCGCUGUCUAUCUCUGGUACCCAUCUUUAGAUCACUCCAACAGAGCUUCCAGGCAUUGCAUUAUUUUAAUGACGCCUUAGCGGAGAGCAACAUCACGCAGCAGUCAGAUGCUUAUUCAAUGAAGCAGCUACUCCGCAACUACACCAGUAUGGUGGAUGCGUACAGCCAGCAAGCAGAGUUUCUGAAGUCUCGGACCGCAUGUCUCGCAGUCUCCAUCACAGAUACCCUCUCUUUCAAAGACUCUUUCACGGCAAAAAGCCAGAGCCAAUAUAUGCUCGAUUUGACACUUUCUACUGUCGACGACUCCACAACCGUGCGCGUUAUCACGAUUGUCACGCUGAUCUAUCUUCCUCCCACAUUCAUGGCAACCCUCUUGGGAAUGAAUUCCUUUUUCGAGAUGGACCCCAAUAAUCACAACUUGGUUGUGUCCCCACGAUUCUGGAUAUACUUUGUGGUAUCUGUACCAUUGACAGCAGCCACGUUGUUAUACUGGUGGUUUUUCAAGAGCAGUAAACAGCGCGCAAAGUCAAGAAACAAGGAGGAUAUUAUGGAAAAAGGCUCGCUGUAUGAUUCGACAUGA